UCUGGUCACUCUCGGUAUGAGGCUCUCCCGCUCCAUCUCCCAGUCUAGCACGGCCCUGGCUGCAGGAUGACCCCCCUGCUGACACUGUCCUGCCGGGGAUGAGUUGGGGGGGGAGUGUAUCUCCUUCCUUUUUCCCUCUGGCACAGAGGCACAUCCCAUCCUCUCCUUGUCCUUCCUCCCCCAGACAAGGAGCUGAAGAUGGAGACCAGGGAGGACAAAUCUCCACAGCAGAACCUCGUGGAAGAGGCCGUUUUGAGUGGCUCCACAGCGCAGGAAUCCGAGGGGGAGGAAAAGCCACGGAGAUCCCGCAGGAGGAGGGGCUCCAACCCCAGCCUGGGGUGCUCUGAGGAGGAAAGACCCACCCUGUGCUGGGAAGGUGGCCGAAGUUCCGGUCUGGUGGUCCAUGAGGAGCUUCAGGAUGGGGAGAAGCCUCACAAGUGUUUGGAAUGUGGGAAGAGCUUCGGGCGGAACUUCCACCUGAUCCGCCACCAGAUGAUCCACUCCGGGGAGAAGCCCUGUGGGUGUCCUGAGUGUGGGAAGAGCUUCAGAGACAGCUCCCACCUGAUCCGCCACCAGAGGAUCCACACUGGGGAGAGGCCCUAUGAGUGCUUGGAAUGUGGGAAGAGCUUCAGCCAGAGCUCCCACCUGACCUCCCACCAGAAGAUCCACACUGGGGAGCGGCCCUACGAGUGUCCCGAAUGUGGGAAGAAGUUUCACACCAGCUCAGAUCUCCUCAUACAUGAACGGAUUCACACAGAUGAGAGGCCCUUCCGCUGCCCUGACUGCAGGAAGGGCUUGAAGCACAACUCCAACCUCACCGCCCACCGGCGCAUCCACACUGGGGAGAGGCCCUGCGAGUGUCCUACAGUGUGGGAAGAGCUUCUCCUGGAGCUCAUCCUUGACCCAUCACCAACGGAGCCACCGGUAAGGGAAGCCUUGGGAACGCCCUGACUACAGGAAGAGCUUCAUGCGCUGCUCCAACUCUAUCUCCUACGUUGGGCAGAGCCCUGAUGGCUCACAUUCCCAGUGACCCACAUUGGGAAGACACCUGGCCAGUGGUCUCCACUUUCUCCUGGUUUCCCAGAGGCACUUGGAUGAACACAAGGCCACGAACAUCCAUCAGUAGUCAAAUCAACAUUAGAAAUUCAUUAAGAUCUCAUUUCUUAGCUUUACACCUUAAAAAGAUCUUGUGUGCUCUGUCCAAUUGUUUCUUCUGGUGGCAUCAAGAGGUGCUGGAUGAUCUUGGAGAUGUUUUCCUACCUGAAUAAUUUCCAUCUUUAUUGCAUUGAAACAUCCAGAACCGGGGUAAAAAUAAAUCAAGUAAAGGGAUCUAAAGUGGCACCAUUUUACCAGGAUUUGGGGGUGAAUUUGGGGUUGGCUCACAGAAUUUUCUGGGAGGAUUGGGCAUUGUGGGGUUGCCCAGGCUGGGCAGAUGGGGCCGCAAUCUCAUACUUGUGCUGGCAGAAUGUGUCCACCUGAGCCCAUCUGUUCUCCAGGAAUUCUGUUUGUCUGUCCCAGUC